CACCAAUCGCUCCAGAAAAAUUUGCACUCCUUAAUAUAAACACAACAUUUGUCAUCUUGAACUUGAAUGCGUGGAAGCCUGGAGGAUGCCCAAUUUCUUUUUUCGUUGUCCAAUACAAGGCUAAGGGUCAAAAGGAAUGGGUUUUAGUAUCCAGUAACCUUGACCCGAGGAGCGAGGAGUUCGUUGUGACAGGACUUGAACCUGCUACAUGGUACAACUUGCUGAUGUCCGCGCAUAACGAAGCAGGUGCUACAGAAGCGGAAUAUGUCUUUGCCACUUUAACAAUUACAGGAGGUACAAUAACACCAGUAUUAGCGGAGAGAGAAGAAGGUCCAACUUUCUACAGAAAUCUGUCAGUCCUUGUACCAAUUGUCUGUGCCAUAGUUGUUUUGUUGGUCAUUACACUUGUUAUACUAAUCGUUUGUUUGAAGAAAAACAGAAACCCUGAUUAUGCCACUCCAUCACAGAAUCAAGAGCACAGACCAGAGCAGAAAGGUGAUAAUAUCUCAAUGGCAUCAGUGGGUAAAAAAGUCUAUGAAACUCCAAGAGAAACACUGUAUUAUCCAUCUCCAUAUGCCACAACAAGAAUAUCAAUGUAUUCCGCUGAUAGUGAAUCAUCAUCUGGACAAACGAAUAGCUUACAAAGACCCAGUGGAACACACAGACCCGACCAUACAUAUGAUGUGCCUUUUCCUCAUAAGUUUCGAGGUCCAGUCACAUACUGUGCAGUGACGCAUGAUUACCAACAGUUAUUUACAGAGUCUGGAUUACACCAUUUUGUUGAAUCGCUCGACGUCGAUCAGCGCCAUUUAAUUGUCCAACGCAUGUGCCUGCAAUCCCGCGAUUCAAAGCAUGGUCAUCAUCGAUCACCAUCACUUUAUCAACAUCAUCCUAAUCAUCAUCCACAAGCAAUUCUUCAACAACAGCAUCUAUACAGAUUAAACAGACAUUCAGAACCCAACUCAAGAUUCGCUCAUGAUUACUUAUCAGAUGGAAAUUCAGAAGACGACGAAGGAAGUUCAAGUGGAGAAAAGGCAUGUUUCCAAGGCGGUGGAAACACAACAGAUAGCCACGAAAUGUCAGAGGCUGAAUGUGAUAGAGAUUAUCAUCAGAUCAUGAGAAAAGGUUCGCAGUCGCCAUUUGUCAAGUACAGGAUAGGGCCCUUGAAUGCUGACUGCGGACUGUGUGCCGAUAACGAGUGAUGUAUGGCUACAAUUUGGCGUUUUUUCCUUCUUCUCUAAAGAGUUUCUGCAUAUUUGAUAAGGACACAGAAUUUCCAGCUACGCGCCAAGUCAAAUAAGCGGUUACAAAUAUAAUUUGAUGAGCAGUUGUGUUCUGUUUUGUGCCAAAAAUAUUUUUAUGAAAAAGUUUUUCACGGAAAUAAAGGACUUCGCUGUCUCGUUUGCAACAGGGUAUUUAGAGAAGACAUUGCAAAAGAUAAUUUGAUAUGUUUCUGAAUAAAAGGAGAAAAACAUAUCAGUUGAACAUACUUAUACCUUCAAAUUGAAAGAAAGAGGUAUGUCUUAUUUAUGAGUAAAAUAACAGCUUAAAUUUUACACUGAAAAAUCAGUUAAGCAUAAACUUAUAGCAAUAGUACUUCAUCCAACUUGUUUUAACCCUGAUGUGCUGAAUGAUCCAAACACUGAAUGUUAUGAUUAGUUGUAUAAAUUUUAUCAUGUUUAAGUUUUA